UUAUAUAAUGUAAGGAAUAUAAAAAAGAUGAAACCCCCCCUCCAAAACUUUACCCUAAAUCUCAACAUUCACCGAUACAGGUAUCUCUCUGUGAAUGUAUGCAGAAUGGAUUACAUAAAAGGUGCUAUUUUUUUCAAGUUGAAUUUAGCAAAACAAAACUGAGCUAGACUAAAAGAGUUACUGAAGUUCAGGUAAAUUUUCUUGAUUAAAAACUAUAUUACGUCUAAAUGUGCCUCAAAUCUCAAGAAAAAAUAUUAUCUAGAGCCAUUACUCUUGAAUCACUGUUAUGUCUUAAACUUCAUAUAAUAGUUUGGGGCAGUAUUGAUUGAUUCCUUGGUUUGAAAGUGUAAUUAUAUUUCCCCACAUCUUGCUUUUUAGGUUCCUUUUUUUGUACGUUGUAUUUUUAUAUCGUUGACAUUUAUAAUACUUAUAUUCUUUUCUGUAAUCGUAAAUUCAGUGCUAACCACCUCUUCUCCCUCUCUUAUUUCUUUGUUUUGAUUCACUGCUUGAUUGGCUAGAUUUCAUUGUCAAAUAGUUUAAGAAGAAUCUUUGGGUUUUAGAAUCCUAGAUAUCUAUCAUGUUUGGAAAUGACUACUUGUUGCCAUAUACAGGUAUAAAAUCGUUAGGUCAUAUUUUUUUUCCCUUAGAAAUUUGUACACAUUGCAUUAGUAUUUAAGGCGUUGAAUGUUGCUCUUGGGAUUCUGGGUCCAGCCUGAUUUUCAUCCACCUUACAACCACCCUACCAUAGGGGUUUUGAUUGGUCUUGGAUAGAGAAAAAUUCUUUUUUUUUUUUUUUUUUUAAUUUUUGUAAUGUUUGUUUAUUUUUGAGAGAAAGAGAGCGUGAGCAGGCAAGGGGCAGAGAGAGGGAGACACAGAAUCUGAAGCAGGCUCCAGGCUCUGAGCUGUCAGCACAGAGCCCCAUGCGGGGGCUCAAACUCACGGACCAUGAGAUCAUGACCUGAGCAGAAGUGAGCCUCUUAACUGACUGAGCCACCCAGGUACCCCAAGAAAAAUUCUUUUUCUAUUCUUGAGUUAGGUCACUUAACUAGACUGUAUCUUAGGUGUUUAUUCUUUAUCAGUGCUUUUUGGAAUAUACUGUGUCUUUUUGAUUUGCAGAUUCAGUUUUUUGUGUCAGAAAACCUUUAUUAAAUUAUCAUGUAAAAUAUUAUUUUCUUUUUUGAAUUCUCUACCUCAAAGAUACCAAUCAUCCUUAGAACUUUGAAAUAGGAUUAUCACUUGAUGUUAUUUGCUAUGUAACAAAUUACCCCAAAACUUUGUCGCUAAAAACAGCACAUAUUUAUUGCCUCACAAUUUUGUGCUAACAUGACUUAGCAGGGUCCUCUGCUUUGGUCUCUCACAAUGCUGCAGUCAGCGAGUUGGCUCAGGGUCUGCACUCUCAUCCGAAGCCUCAACUGGGGAAGCUUAUUCAGUGGAUGUUGGCCACAUCCAGUUCUCCCAGGGGGUGUUGUGCUAACAGUCUCAGUUCCUUGUUGACUGUUGUCCAGAAGCUACCCCUCUGUUCCUUACCACAUGAGCCUCUCCCUCAUGGUAAUUUUCGUCAUUAAAGCACGCAAGCUGGGAAGGCAGAGGAGCAUUUGCUAACAGCACAGAAGUCAUGCUCUUAUGUCGCCUAACCAUGGCAACGACAUCCCAUUCUUCACCUUGCCUGGUUCUUUAAUCAGAGGGAAACCACUAGGUUUAGCCUGCUCUCAAGAGAAGUGGCUUAGUUUAUUCUAGGACAUGGAUACCAGGAAGCUGGGAUCAUUUGAGACCAUCUUUGAAACUGCCUACCACAUACUGAUUUUCUGUUUUUACAUUAGCUUUUAAAAUUUUUUCUCUAUAUUUACUGUGGUUAUCUAAAGUCAUUCUUAUAAAAUCUCUCACUGAAAUUUCAGCUGUGUGUAGUUGAUUCUUUAUGUAUUUCUAAUAUAUUGACACUGUUACAGAUUUGUUUAGGUCUUUAAUUUAGAUUUUUACCUCCUCUUAAAUUUCCCUCUAUUUUAUCAACUAUUCCCAAAGUCUAGCUUUCUUGAAUUUAUAUUUUUAUUAAGUUCUCAUAUAGUGUGACAUUGGAGAUGAAUCUUUUUUCCUUAGGGGGUGUUUGCAGAGUUGCCCCGCUGUUUCUCUGAAAAAUUGUGGGUGAAUCUCUUUAACACUCCUGCCACCUUUCUCUAAUAUGUUUGUGUUCCCUUGUGGUAUAGUGUGAGGGCUGAGGUGUUCUUCUGUGUACUUUCCUGAAGCCUGGAGGGAGGGGGAGAAGGAGCCGUGCAGUGUUUUUGUUAAAUAGCCUUCAGGAAUGUUUCUUUUCUUCCUGUGGGGUUACUUUUGGGUUAUCCUAUCUAUUAAGCAUGGAGCCUUGAAAAAUGGCGUACUCUGGGCUUUUCUACCCCUGCUGAGAUCCUAUGAAGAUUUUACCAAAUGUUGCAAGGACUCUGGAAUCCUUAUGGUAGUAAAAUGCCGAAAAGAAAAUUCUGCAUUGAAAGAAUGUCUAACUGCUCAUUAUAAUGAUCCAGCCUUUUAUGAAGAAUGCAAAAUGGAAUACCUGAAGGAAAGGGAAGAAUUCAGAAAAACUGGAAUUCCUACCAAGAAAAGGCUACAGAAGCUUCCCACAAGCAUGUAGGCAAAUAUCCAGCGAUACUCAAGAGCUCUGAUAUUCAUGGAAAUCAUUAUCACCUGAAAUAAUGGACUCAAGGAAGUGUUUGCUUUAUCCUAAAUGAUGGAAAUAUUAUCUGAAAUAAAGAUUUUUUUUUUUUUAA